GCAGUGGUUGGCUUGGCAACGGCAAUUGACGACUUUCCCCCCUUAAGAAUCUGUAAACAAGCAUUUGUUGUGUCCUGUUAUAGAAAAACCAGAAAGCCUCGGAGACUAUAACCUUUUCUGUGCGAUGAUUGAGUCCUCUUUAACUUCUUUAGGUGCGAAAGUUGUCCUCGCUGCAUCCAGCGAUGAAAAUCACCCACCAGAAAGCAUUAUCGACGGAAACACUAAAACGUUUUGGAUGUCCACUGGGAUGUUUCCUCAAGAGUUCAUCAUUCACUUCCCUGAACCUACAAACAUUGGCACUGUGACAGUGGACAGCUACAAUGUGAAGCACCUGAAAAUAGAAAAAAACACCUCACAAAAUGCUUCUCAAUUUGAGCCUGUUGCAGAGAAAGAGUUUGAAAGUACAGAGGGACAUCUUCAGUCGAAUGCUAUAACACUAAAUGGCUGCAGUGCCACCCACCUUCGUUUCAUCAUCACCGCAGGAUAUGAUCACUUUGUCUCAGUUCACAGAGUCAGUGUAAAAAAUUAACGCACAUAAUUAAAAUUAAUGUGUGUAUAACAUUUACGAGGUGUGAUCAUAAACUUAUGCAGCGAAACCCAUAAAAAUCAAAAACCAUACCUUAUUUAAAUUUGGCCUGACUUGAAUUUAAUUUUGGUUACACAUUUGGUUUAGCCUAGAUUGUACUCAGUUGGGAACUUGGAUAGCUGGAAACCCAAGAGCUGAGUAGUUAUUCCUGUUAUACUUCUUUAACAAGUCUGUGUGGUCACGAGAAUAAAAAAAAAUGGCAGACAUUAAAACAUCCACACAAACCCUCGUGCUAACCAUCUGAUGACAAAAUUUAUGUCACUGGGACCCAAGCAGACCCAAGCAGACCCUAGCGGACUCGUGGAUACAGAAUGUAUAAAGCAGAAUUUAUUUUUCAGCAGAUGUAGCGCGUUUGCAGUCUGGUGAUGGCCCAUCUACCUGUAGAGAGCUCUGUUGUCAAGUAUGUAGUACAGUCUGUAAGCCCCUCUUGCUUGUGUUGUUGUUGGUCAGUCAGCCAGCUGCGAAAAAUAGCAAAGUUGUAAAAACAGUGAAAAGUGUCCGCUGCACCGAUUGUCUGUAGUUUUUGAUCCUUAAAGUUUAUUUCAUGGUUUCUCCUGUUCCUGUUGAACUCCAACCUAUUCUAGCCCACUUCUCAACUAGUCACCACUCAGACAGUACCUCCACAUGAAAUAGGAGGAAAAGGAGUCAAAACCAGAAACAAAUAAAGUUUUUUUUCAACAAAACCA